UCUUUACCACUUUUGUUUCCGCAUUGAACGAUUCACAUGCCGAAUAUCUAUUAUUCUGCAGCUCUAUUGCUUUUGCCUGUUACGCGAUCGACGUAGCGGCUAUUUUGGUCUAGAAGUGCAUUUGUGAGAACAUGCUGGAAGUAAACGCUUCGAAAUCAGUAUAAUAAUUACAGAAAAGACGCUAAAAUAGUUAAGUGGUCGUGUCUGCUCUGCUAAUUUUACUUAGACCUAUUUAUUAAUAGGUUUACUUUUUACGCUGCAAUCCUAUAGUAAGUCUGUACUCUGCAUGUUUAGUUCAUGUAGUGUUGUAAUGUGAUCUGGCUCAAGAUGUGUGAUCGUGCGGUUCUGACGGUGCGUCUGGUUCGAUCUUUUGAGCAUCGCAACUUUAAACCGGUGGUUUACAAAGACGUUAACUUAGAUCAGACGGUGGAGGAGUUUAUUACAUUUGUAAAGCAAGACGUUUUAACAAGAGCUGGAUUGCCUCCGCCCUUUAAGAAGUUUGACUAUGACACAAUGAAAAUCAUACAUCAGGCACAUGGAGCAAAGACGAAUGAGCUUGUAAUGAGUUUAGAGGAUGAUGAAAAGUUGAUUCUUCGUGAUGGCUGCAGGUUACGAGCAUGUGGUGUUGCCAAUGAGACAGAACUUGCCUUCUUCAAAAUGACAGACUAUGAACAGUUCAAGGCCAAUCCACAUACAGAAUGGUGACAACGAUCAGGAUGCAACACAAGAGGUCUUGGAGUAUUUAUUUACCGGAGGCACUUCUUUUCAGAUGUGAUACGCAAGUGAUCUCUUCGAGUGGGAUUGAAACGUCUAUUUUAAUUUCAUUUAUUGCUGUGCUUUUUAUAUUGUAAUCGUACCAUUCAAAUGCCUUCAGCAUAGUUUUUGAUGUUACAUGUUUGACAGAUUGAGAGGUGAUGUUUUUAUGUUGUCACUGGAUAGUUAUUUUUUUAGGUAGGAUUACUGUAAAUUUCAGUGCCAAAAUGUGCAUUUUGAGUGCCAGUUAUUUUAUAUUUUAUUUCAUUUACAGCAAAUAUCCUGUUUUAUUUAAAUGACUCUUUGGAAGUUGAUUGCUGUUUUGUUAAAUAAAGUUGAAGGUAUGAAUCAUGCUUUUACACCACCAAAAACAUGACUGAAAGUUCAAUUCAAAACUUAUUUCCUGUACAACAUCCACAAUAAUGACAGCCAAUCGGCCAGACCAAGGGAAAGAAGUGAAACAAAAUUUAUUAACAUUUCU